UUUGGCGGCUGGAUCUCGUAAUGGUGAUCCUCUUCAAGGCUGUUCCUUUGGAAAGCACUGACGGCGAAAGGUUAGAAAAGUCUGCCGAGUGCCUCCACCCAAGUCUUUGUGUUAAUCCUUUCCACAUCAAUGUCUCCGUCCGUGAGUUAGACCUCUAUUUGGCCAACUUCAUUUUCAGCCACGAAACUUUAAGUGGGUUACGAGAAGAUGUAUGUGAUAGUGAACAAGAUGAAGACAGAGAAAUGUGUAGGAAUACAAUCGUUGCCACGGGGGUGUUCACUUCAGCUGAACUGUAUCGAGUGUCCAAAGAUUCGAUAAUACACCCCACAAAUGGUAUACAAUUUCACCACAACAUUGUCAAGCUGGAAUCACCUUCUUAUUAUUCCAACAACUAUUCAUCCUCUGCAGACUACAGAGGCCUUGGAGUCGGGGUACCAACGCCAGAGAGCAUUGUCAAUCCUGAGGUAACUACCCACCCAGCUAGUCCGUCAUUUGAGCCAAGAAAUAAACGGAUUCGAAGAAUUUCGUCUAACGAAGAAGAGAUUGACAAGUGUGGAGGAGGAGGAGAUGUCAGUAGGUUUUAUGGCCACAGUCCAACCAGCCUAAGCAGUCAGACAUCAUGGGGUAGUGAUAUUGAUCCUGGUAAUAUACAUAUUGUCCGAACAGGGAACCCUCCCCCCAUUCACUCUCCCCAUGGUAAGGUGAAGUCUGAAGCCUCCAGUAGUUUUGUAACAGUUAACAGAGGACCGCUUAAUCCUCCCCCAGGGGAUAUUGUUCUUCAACAUCAGGAUGUUGUCAGGCCAGACAAGGGGGUUGUUUCCCCACAUUCAAGAGAGGCUCUUGCUUCCCAUCAUAAUUCGUUGAAUAUAUCACCUCCAACCCACAAUCUUGGGUCAUCUACAGCUUAUUAUAUAGGCCCCAAGUAUCAGGAGAAUGGUGACGCUCUGUCAGACUUUGUAAACUUAGUGUGUCAGGAAACCGAAGGCAAUAGUGGACCAUCUCCACAGUCCACAGCUGACUCCGGGAACAGAAGUCCAUCCAAGCUCCACUUUUACUCCAGUGCUAUGUUACCUCCUCCACCACCAGCUCCGAUGGCCAGACCUGUUGCCAUCAUUAGAUGUACAGACUUGAGUCCAACAUCUCCGAGUCCACCUGCCACCUCCGGGAGUUGCGUGACAUCGGAUCCUGAUACUCCAGGGCCCAGCAGUACGGGAGAUAGAGACAUCAGGGAACAGAUAUCCCCACCCUCCACAACAUCUGUGGUGGGCCUGUCAUCCAGUUCCCAAGAAUCUACCCUUGUAAGCAGGUCUGUAAUGAGCAGCCCGUUUACAACGUUAGCUAGGCCAGAACACAGUUUUGCUCACAUUCAUCCUCAGCCUCAGCUGUUUUCCUACUCAAGUGUCAGCCCAGUUAGUGGGGUCAUCAGUCCAACGAACUUCAUCAUGUUUACGUCCCCGAUGACCACUCCUCGCAAUACCCCACGGACCACUCCGAUACCUCGUUGGAAUAACCCCUUUAUAGCUCUUGAUGAUAACAUGGACUACAGCAUGAUUACGGGUCUCAUGCAUGGCACCAACCCAGAAACUGACCCUCCACACAUUAUUGGGGCUGAAGAGAGGUUUUUCCCAGAAGUCCACAACAGUGAGGGGGUGGAUGCAAGUAGUCAGACAGCUAAUGCCCCCACAACUCCCACAAAGUCUCAGCCAUCAUAGAAAUCUGUAUUGGUUGCUCAAGGAAAGUUCUGGAUACCGACAUAAGGAAAGGUUGCUGCCUCGUUGGUGCUUCCGGAUCAGAGCAAAAACAGCGCCAUCUCUUUAACGACAGCAAUACUAGGCUAAUCUCUCAGAAUGCCAAAGAUACUGCUACCAGCAAUACAAACAAAUGUAUGUGGUUGUGAUGCAUAGGAAUAUGUGAAAUGAUUUAUAAGUGUGCUUAGGGCUUUGAAUCUUGUGGAAAAAAGUUGAAAUUGUAGAAAACAUGAACUUUAUCACCUACCUCUUAGGAGCAAGAACCCACCAGUUACAGCUUUUAAUUGAUAUUUAUGUGCUCUUCAAUAUCUUUCUGUUCUAAUGUACUUCACUUGCGUGGCUUGGCUACUGCAGUAGGUGUGUACAUUUGGUUUUUUUUUAGAUCUCUCUAGUAUAUACAGAUCAUAUGAAUAACUAGAAAAAUGCAAAGGUGAUAAAGUAAAUAACUUAGACUUUUGGAGAUAAAUCACCUUAAUAAACUAUGGUUGUGUUUUAUUUCCUUGGUAAUGUUUCAAGCAAAAAAAAUGUCUUUUUUAAAGCCAGAAACAAGCCUAGUCUAAUGAAAGAAGAAAAACAAAAGCAGCUUUCCCAUUGUGAGUUGAAGUGUUUAUCUUCUCAUUCAGGCUUAUUUUUGUAAUUUAGAGUUGUUUUUGAUUACAGAUUGUGUAUAAGUAACUUCUCUUCAAAAAUAUAAAUAAUAAACACCAAUAAGUUCAAGCAUUUAAGAAGAAAAGGCAAACAGUAACGAGUAUUGGUAAUUAGUACUCGGUUUCUUUUCUUCAGAAGCCUAUUUACUGCAUGAUUUUCUGAAGAAGCAAUAACAAUAAGAGCUCAAUAGCUACAGAAUAGUGUAAGAGUCCAAAUUUAGGAUGUUAAGCUUUAGUCUACUGAUGUGUUUGCCUCAACUUUUCUGGGAUAUGGAAGAGUAAGGGUCAUGUCUUCGGCAAUGAAGGUGUGACAACCAAUUGUUGGAUGUGAUGCAAAAUCUAACGGAUUCUUUUAACACGAGGAAGUUGUUUAGAAACAUAGUUGUUGUUUUUUGUGUGUGUUACAUGUUUGAUGAAGACUCAAAGUUGUAGUGCUAGUCAUGAUAUCGACAUGGAGUACAGUGUUAAAAAGUUACCCUGCCAGACAUAUUGAAGGGCCUUUGAAAAAGAAAGAAUGCAGAGGGCUCUGGCUCUCUGUUUUUGUGAUGAUAUUUCUUUAUAUUCUCACUGUUGUAAUAUACGUAUAUAUAGAGAGAAAGUUAAUUAUUAAUCUAGGUUUUUUGCAUUUUGACAGAGAUUCAUACUACUACAUUUUAUAGCUUUAUAACUAUCAUUCAUUAGUUGAUACUAGAACUCAUCUAAUUCACAGACUAUUAAGCUAUGCAAGUUGAAAUUUGUAGAAAAAUCGUUUCUUGUAAGAUUUGUGUAGAAAUUAUCGUCCUUUUUGUUUCUUCAAGUUGGUUCUGUGGGCAAGUUUUGUAGGAAAUCGGCAGUCUUCCCCAAAUAGAGUAGAACCAGAAGAUACAUUUUCUAGUUGCUUGGUAUUUAAAAUGUUAUCUGUGUAUAUAACAUGCUUUGUACAGCCUAACAAAGAAAUGGUUUUAAUAUAUACAGAAUGAAGGUUUGAAUGUAAUCUUGAACAUCCUUUAAGCAGUUUUGUUUUAGUUAGAUUCUUUGCUAAGGUGGAUAACUUCAGGAUGUGGUUAUAAGAUAACCUGUACUGAAUGUGAAUUGGUAAUCAGUUGAAAAGAAGUUAAUUAAUUUUAACCAAGUAAAACUUAUGAAUAACAUUUAAAGAUCUCUAAUCAAUCUAGUAGUAAGAUCCAAACAUUUAUUUGACUGAUCAAUGGAUCAAUUUUGACCUAGUAGUUAGCAUAUUGCCUGUCCCUGGUUUGGAAGGUUCAAGCUAGCUAUUUAACUGAGCCUAAGGUACCAUUCAAGGCAGAAAUACUAAUAUCAAACCCUUACCUUUUUUUGAAUGCUAGCUACAAGGCUGUGUAUGUCUUCACAAAAAAAACAAACUAAUUUUUGUUGAAGCAUAUCUUCUGAAAGAGUUGAGUGUUUUAUUCUUCAUUUUUAGAUAGUUUUUUUUAGCAUAUUUAUACUCAUAGUGAUUAUACUUAUCCAGCUCAUAUUUUAACUUUUUUAUUUAUGAAUAUAAGCAAACAAAACAGGACAAUAGUGUUCUAUAAAAAUAUAAGGUACAGUGGUGCAAACAUUACAGGUAGUGUAUGUUUUAUUUAGAGUUACAGUAUGUAACAGUUACAUGCACGUACAGGUUUUAGAGUUACAGUUAAUAUUUUACAUGAACGUAUAGUAUGUAACAGUUACGUACAUUUUUCUUCUAGGAGUUUCCCUACUGUACUUGUUUGGAUUAAUGAAGAAACUAGCCACAUUUGUCCUUUUGUUUUAACUUUUGAAUCUGUUUCAAGUACAAAUGAAUUUGCUAAGGCAAUAAACAUGCAAUGUUUUAUUGGGUAUAUUAAAGUCUUUCUUUUAAGCAAAAGAAUUAGAAAGUAAAAUGCUGGGAGGUACCAUAUUUUGUUGGACGUUUUUCAAGAAAGAAAAAGACAGAUUCAAAAUGUGUUAUAGGGGAAUUUUGAAGACAGUAGCAACAAAUCUCAAGUUGGAAUGAUUUUUUUUUUAUACAACUAACAAGUUUCAUUUUAAGAAUUGUAAGAAUAAUAUUAUGUACAUAGUUGGAAACUUAUACUGACCCCAUUGUAUAUUAAGAUUAGUUCAGCUUCACCUAAAGAAACAUCUCUCUAUUUCUGUAACCGUUAUGUUACCACAACUUUUGAAAUUAACUGGAGCUACCGUUGUUAGAAAUUACAUUAACCCUGCCUACUGAUAAAUAAAUUGUUCUCAACAAAAGGCAGCUUAUCCUCGAGUAGCUCUAAAAAUAAAAGGAUUUGAUAACUCGACGUUUUCGUCUAUCUAGAAAGGCGUGUUUAAAAGAAAAAUAAUGUUGGUUUCGUUAGAAUUUUAAACUUUGCAAGUAAGGUCAAAUUAGCACUGAAAUCUACAGGUUUACUUCUAUAUUAUAAUUAUUAAAGAUAGUUAAUAAGAGAUAAAAAGAACUGACACAAGUUUGUUUGAUAUUACAUUGCAGUAAGAUUGACAUGAUAAAGAAAGAUGCGAUAAAAAUUAUCACCAGUCUUAUUGUGACAUAAUAUUAAACUAACAGUGAACAGAUCAUGCUUCGCCAGCCAAGAUAUUAAUGUCAUAACAGUAACAAACACUUUUUUUUUAUUACUUUUGAUCAUUUUUAUUAUGGAGAUCUGAACUGAAGAAGUUAAAAUAUUCAUAUAAAAUAGGCUAACCACCUACUAUCUAAUAGUGAAACAGACCAUAUUUUAUUGAAAGUUAAUCAUUUUCUGUCUGAAGUUUCUUUUCUUAAUAAAACUGUUGUUUUUUCUUUUAAUAUGAAUGUUUUUUGUUUUUUUUAGAUUUUGUAUACCAAAGUAUUUUAACUUGCAAAGCAAGUAAUGGCUUAUGAAGUUUUUCGCGUUGCGUACUGUUAGAUUUUAUAUACUAAAGUGCAGAAGGAAGUCAGUGAAUGGAAACACUGUCACAGCUCUAUCACCUAGUUAUUAUAUAAAAAAUGUGGUAGCUGGUCUGCACUUUUUUCUUUCUGAUCUUAACAUAGAACAUGAUGGAAAAUGUGAAACUUCUUCCAUUGUAUAUAUUUUACAAGCCUCUAAAGAAAGAAAGAAGUGCAGACUGCUGUAACACACACUCUUCCCAUGAUAUUUAUAGAGAAAUUGGAAGCAUUUCCACAAUAUAUUCUACAGAUAAUGAUGAAGAAAGUACAGUAAUAUUCUACAAGCCUCUAAAGAAAGAAAGAAAGAAAUGCAGACUGCUGUAACACACACUCUUCCCAUGAUAUUUAUAGAGAAAUUGGAAGCAUUUCCACAAUAUAUUCUACAGAUAAUGAUGAAGAAAGUACAGUAAUAUUCUGCAAGGUCUUGAUGUGAACUGCGUACUCUUCAGUAGUGUUUUACAUAAUGAUGAAGAAAUGAAAAGCUCUUCCGCCUAAUUUUGAUGAAGGAAUUGGAGACUCUUCCACAAUCUACAAGUUCCUUGUAAAGUAGUUCCUUUCUGCCUGGAAGUGAAAACUUGUUAAAAUGGUUACACCAUGAUAUCAUCUCCCUGGCUAAAUGAACUUAUCUUUUCUCUACCAUUAAAUCUUGGUUUGUGUUUCAAGAUAUCCUUGAGGACAAGAGAGUGUUUCUUCAUGAGUUUCUGGAAUAUAUGUGUUACUAGGAUUUUUAUUGCUUUACUCCAUUGAACCAUAGUUACUGCAAAAUGUGUAUAUAAAGUACAGUUAAAACAGUUUUAUAGUAAUGGGUUUUAAGCUAGUCAACCUGUACCGUGUUCAGAUUCUAAGUUUCUUUUUCUGUUAUCCUGUUGAUUUUUGUUACAAAUAUUUUAAAAUUACGUGUUAUUUUUUAGAUGAAAUAUUUUGUAUUUUUUUUUUCUCCUAUGAUUUGGUUUUCCAGCAGUUAACUAUGGAUUGUUUCAACAUAAUUGCAAAAUAUAAUUAAAACAUGCACCAACCUAGAAUAUAACAGAAAUAAAUUGAUGGCUAGUGACCCAACCUAUCGUUUUGCUUAGUGUCAGUAAUGAAAUAAGGUUUAGUCUGUAGUAUAGGUUUGAAACCUUUAAAUAUUAGUUUCAUUUACAGUCGGUAGGAUUCAUCAAAUAUUAAUAGAUGUUUAAGAGUUAAUUUCAUUAAUCUAUAAGUAAUUUUAAUAUGAUUAAAAUUCAUUAGAUGGUGUUUUGUAUGUAACCUCAUAAAUUAAUAACCAGAUAUUUUUUCCUAGAUCCUAAUAAUAUUCAAGGUACUUCUCAUUUCAACCGCUUUUCAUUUUGACGAGUAAUCAAGCAACUAAUUCCAUUCAUCAAAACAUUAAUUUCUUUGGUUUUUUUUGUGAUAUUUGGCAUCAGGCAUUAUCUUAUUUGUAUAAAUGAAAUAAAGCCAUUUAAAAGACAUC